CUCCCGCUCUUUGCUGUCAUGUAACCAUAGCAAUGGAGAGAAGCCAGUGGGAGAGGAAACUCACCUGUUUUCAGGCUCGGGCACGUGGUUACUUGGUGAGAUGUGAAGUCCAUCGUGCACGAGAAGACUUUGAAGACAUAGUGAAAGACAUUGAUGGAGGUUUGACCCAUUUAGAGUGGAGGGAGACUCUUGUUAUCCCCACUCCCCACUUCACAGACACUGACGAGUCAUUUCUUCAGGUUUGCAAGGCUGCGAGCAGACCAUCAAAUCCAGGACUAAAUAUCAGCACCAGUCCACUGAGACUUUCAUCAUCAUCACCCCUGUCAAAGGAGAGACACCAGCAUGUCCUGCUGGAGAAGAUAGAAGCUGAGAGAGAUGGAUCACAAACCAAAGAACAGGAAUCUCUCACUAAUGACUGUUUUCUCAGCUGCAGUGUCAGAGAAGACCGGGUGGGACAGAGGCAGACCACAGAGAGGGAUAGAGAUGGAGAAGAGAUGAAGAGCACAAGCAACUCAACUACAGUCUGGAGCAGUUUGGAGCUGGAUGAGAACGGUAGCGAAUCUAAGAAAGGUACCCAGCGGUACUGUUCUGUACAGGAUGUGCCCUGUACCCCAGAGGCCCUGCGUCUCCAUAGGAACACCCUGACCAUGGAGCUGCUGUGGCUCCAACAGGCCAUUGGCAGCAGGAAAAAGUACUUGUCACUGAAGAACAGGCUGAGCAUGUCGUGACGGCAGAAGUAAUCUGAACUGAAGGCCUGAGCUCGCUCCAGUGUCAUCUGUCUGUCUAUGCUAUUGUUUUCUAUUUGGUAAACUAAUUCCUAUCACGUGUAUUUGUCAUGUUUUUGAUAA